ACUGCUUCGUCCGUCGUCGCGUGCCCAACCUCCACCGUCCCCCGCGCAUCCCGCCGCCGACGCCGACGAUGGGUCUCUGGGAAGGCAUGUACAAGCUGGUGAUGCGCCGCAACGGCGUGUACGUCACCUUCGUCGUCGUCGGCGCCUUCGCUGGCGAGCGGCUGGUGGAUUACGGCGUCAACAAGGUCUGGCAGAUGAACAACCUCGGGAAACGGUAUGAAGACAUAACAGGUCUGGGGCAAAGGCCGGUUGAGGAGUGAAAACAUCGAAGAGCAGACUUCCCAUGAUCUUCUGAUCGACUCAUAAAUCUCCAUGUUUUGGCAUUUUCCUUUGGCACAAUAAUAUUGUAAAACUCCUAAUUCAAUCAUUUUGAGCUCGGAACUAUGUCAGAAACCUGUUCCACAGCCAUGUGAUUGUUAUGAAUGGUCUAUCUGGAAUCAGUUCAAACUCUAUCCAAGCUAUGAAUACGAGUUGUUUCUCUUAUUUA